AUGUCAGCAGAGGCCGAACUCCAGCCAGGUGUCAAAACCAGCCAGAGAAAGGAGUCCAGGAGGGUCAAAGGUCAGGACCGCAGUGAGGCGGGGCUGAUUAAGCGUUUCCGUGGAGAUGGCGUGCGCUACAAGGCCAAGUUGAUCGGGAUUGAUGAGGUGACAGCGGCACGGGACAAGCUGUGCCAGGACUCCAUGAUGAAACUCAAGGGUAUGGCAUCCUCAGCACGUUCCAAGGGGGAGCAUAAGCAGAGAGUCUUUUUGACGGUCUCUUUCGGUGGGAUCAAGAUAUAUGAUGAAAGAUCGGGGGUGCUGUUGCACCACCACUCGGUCCAUGAGAUAAGCUACAUUGCCAAGGAUACCAGGGACCACCGAGCCUUCGGUUAUGUCUGUGGAAAAGAGGGUCACCACAGGUUUGUGGCCAUCAAGACUGGACAAUCGGCAGAGCCUCUCAUCAUUGACCUUCGUGACCUCUUUACGCUCAUCUAUGACAUUAAGCAGCGGGAGGAGUUGGAGAAGAAGGCCCAGAAGGACAAACAGUGUGAGCAGGCCGUCUACCAGACCAUCCUGGAGGACGAGGUAGAUGAUCCAGUUUACCAGUACAUUGUGUUUGAGGCUGGACACGAGCCCCUCCGUGGCCCCCAAUCAGAGGAGAGCGUUUAUCAGGUCCCAACCAGUCAGCAGAAGGAAGGGAUCUAUGACGUCCCCAAACGACAUUUCAUGACU